AUGGAGAGGAUGGGACGUCUGACUUCGAGAGGUGAUCCAAGAAGCACAAAUCAUCCCAGGAAGCAGGGAUUCUGGGUAUUCGCUCUCAGUGUGAUUUCCGACCCUUUCACAGAGGAGAGAAGUCCUCUGGUUCAGAUUUUGUGGAAAUACGCAAUCAUGAAGUUGUUCAUGCACUCAACUGUUUACGUUACAAUGAUUCUGAUAUGUUGCGUUAUAUGGGUCGCUUGCUCCUUCCCCGUUGCAAUGUCCUGCGACUCAUGCGGAAGAGAGUGUGCCAACGCUUGCGGAACCAGGCACUUCAGAACGUGCUGUUUUAACUAUCUGAAGCGCAAAAGGAGCUCUCUUCCGCCCCUUAAAAUCCCCGAAGACUCCUUGUCAGACAUUAGGUAUCUCUUGUGGCCAAGAAUGGAUGAUGGUGCCCAUGAUGAUCUUGGAGAUACCUUUGUGUCCGAUUUGCCACCAGGAUUCGUCGGACGUCUGCGGGAUGGCCCAGCAAUCUUCAGACGUCGCGAUGGUCACAACGAGGACAAUCUUCCGAUGCAUAAGAGCAAAAUUCUCGAGGACACGGACAGUGGACAGCAGGCCCGUCUCUAUGAGGCCUAA